GUGGUUAUUUCUCAAUAUGUGUGCACACCCUGCUGAAGAGGAAGGUGGAAUAUGCUUUCAGUUUCAUAUUACAUCCGAGGGUAGGAACGAAAAGACAUGGCUGACAAAAUUCUGAAGGAGAAGAGAAAGCUAUUUAUCCAGUCAGUGGAAGCUGGCACAAUAAAUGGCUUGCUAGAUGAAUUAUUAGAGAAAAGAGUGCUGAACCAGGAAGAGAUGGAGAAAGUAAGAGCUGAAAAUGCUACGGUUAUGGAUAAGGCCCGAGCUUUGACUGAUUCUGUCAUUAAAAAAGGGCCCAUGGCGUGCCAAAUCUUUAUCACUCAUAUUUGCAAAGAUGACUGCUAUCUUGCAGGGACACUGGGGCUCUCCUCAGGUCCACAAACUGGAGAUUACUUUAGUAUGCAAGAUUCCCGAGAAACAUUUCUUUCCUUCUCAGCUCCUCAAGAGGUGAAAAGCCACCAAGUUGAGCUCACAUCCUCAGGCCCAGGAGGGAGCCUCAAGCUUUGCCCCUUAGAAACAGCGCAAAGGAUUUGGAAAGAAAAGUCAACAGAGAUUUAUCCAAUAAUGGCUAGGAUGACCCGCACUCGUCUUGCCCUCAUUAUCUGCAAUACAGAGUUUGACAGUCUUCCCAGGAGGGCUGGAGCUGAUGUUGAUAUCAGAGAUAUGAAAAUGCUGCUGGAAAAUCUAGGAUACAGAGUGGAUGUGAAAGAAAAUAUCACUGCUUCAGACAUGGCUACAGAACUGAAGGCAUUUGCUGCCCGCCCAGAGCACCAGACCUCUGACAGUACUUUUCUGGUGUUCAUGUCUCAUGGUAUCCGGGAUGGGAUUUGUGGCACGAAAUAUUCUGAGAAAGUCUCAGAUGUGUUAGAAGUCAACACCAUCUUUCAAAUGCUGAACACCUGGAACUGUCCAAGUUUGAAGGACAAACCCAAGGUGAUCAUCAUCCAGGCCUGCCGUGGUGAGAAUCAAGGGGUGGUGUGGUUAAAAGAUUCAGCAGGAGACACUGAAGGCAAAUUCUUACUGGAUUCAGAAGACCUUGAAGACGAUGGAAUUAAGAAAGCCCAUGUAGAGAAGGAUUUUAUUGCUUUCUGCUCUUCAACACCAGAUAAUGUUUCUUGGAGGCAUCCCACACUGGGCUCUCUUUUUAUUAUGAAACUCAUAAAAAAUAUUCAAGAAUAUGCCUGGUCCUGUGAUCUGGAGGAAAUUUUUCGAAAGGUUCGAUUUUCAUUUGAGCUACCAGAUGGUAGGGCACAGAUGCCCACCACUGAAAGGGUGACUUUGACAAGAUGUUUCUACCUCUUCCCAGGACAUUAAAAUAAGAAGCCAGUUUUGUCUUUCUGUACCUGUUUUUGGAGUCAUGUCUAUUAAAAAUAAACAUUUCUUUAAACAAGCUAAUAAACCUGAGAGAAAAAAAAAAGUUUGUCCUGCUUUUGUUUUGAUUUUUCUAUGCUGGAAAGACAGGAGGUGGAACUUAGAGCAGGUAUCAGAUUUCUUUUCUUGAUUUGACCUACAACAGCUGCACUGGCUAAUAGCACCAUUCUUUCUUAUAAUAUAUAUUUGCUUGGCUUUCUGCAUUAGUGAUGAAGAUACAAAGUAGGUAAAGUAACAAUGGGUACCUAACUUCAAAAAAUCUAGAGUUGAUCAGGAGAGGCACACAGAAGACAGAGAGUUAUGACAGCAGCAGUAAAGCAACUUAUCCCAAAAUCUGAUGUAUACACUGUUGACAGAGUUAUUAUCAAAACUACUUAUUUCUAUUCUUUGUUAAGAAAUUUGAGACACAAAGUACAUUUUUAUUUAACCUUAGGUCCCUAGUAAGCUACAGUCUCCUUGAGAAGACAAAACAGUCAACAGACAUGAAACAAGCAGGAGACAUAUAUGACACUAUGAACAAACAUUAGGGUAUGAUUUCUCUUUAUGGUCCUGUGAAAAUGAACUUCAAGUGAAUCAUUCACUCAGUAAUGUUCAGUUUGGGAAGGGCUGGAAAAACAUAACUUCUAUGUGGAAGAAGGAGCCCUUUCUAUUAUAAACUCCUUAGAGUAAAGGUAAAUUUUGACCUUUUGAAAAACCUUCAAAGUUGAAUACCUCCCAGCCCUUUCCCUUGUUGUCAUUAAUUGUUCCUUCAGACAGACCUGUCUAGUACAUUCAGGUGUUCCUUCUCCAGCCUGAGACCUCUUCUGCCUUUGGACAGAAGAUUUCAAAAAGCAGAGAACAGCUACCCUCAAUAAAAAUUAAAUGUCAGGGCAGUGUUAGGCAGUUCAAGAAAAGCAUAUUGGGGAGAGAAGAAAAGGGUUACUUCAGAACAAUUUCCAGUAAAGAUUGAAAAAACAGGGAGACAGAGAGAGGAAGAUACUGUCAUGAGUAACACAGUCUAAAGAGGAAACAGAAGCAACAUGGUUAAUGAUAUCUGGAAAUGAAAGGACAUUAGUUAGGUGUAAAUCCUUUAAGAUGUGUGCUUUUAGUGAGCAGAGGUAGAAAUACUGAGAGCAGAGAAGGAAGGACUGAGUGCAGGUAUGGGGGCUGUGCACAGAGAAAAGAAAAACAAAGAAAACACAACGCAGCUGUCAACUUAUAGGAUGAUGUUUUGUCAUGUCCACUUUAUUUUUCUCCUUUCCAAAGAAAAGAACUAGAGUUCAGGACUAAGAUUGUAGUUCAAAACUAUGAGGCUAUUUUGGAAACUACAGGGGACUUCCCGACAAGGAAACAAGAAUUCCGAGCAGCAGUUUCGAAAUCAAUAAAUAGAUGUCCCGCCCUCUAAACUAAAGAAACACUGGGUGACUUUCUUUCGUUUUCUAGUCUGGCGCUCUCUCCACUGGAGAAGGAAGGGACCAAGGCUGUCCUCCAUGGCUG